AUGGCCACCACCACCACCACUGUUUUCCCCCUCCUCCUCCUCCUCCUGCUAUCCGCCGCUGCCGCCUCACCGUCACCAUACCUCUCCCCCACCACCCUUUUCCAGAACUACCAAAACAUGCUAACUAACUUCAAAAUUUUCAUUUACACCCCAGCUAAACCAUUUACUUUCCAAAAUCCAGUUGCAUCUCUCUUUUACAAUUCCCUCCUCAAAAGCCCCUUCAACACUCAAGACCCCAACGAAGCUCACCUCUUCUUCGCACCCUUUUCUGCCGACACCUCCACGCGGUCUCUUGGGCGUCUUGUCAGGAACUUCAGAGUCAAACAUCCUUAUUGGAAUCGCACACUCGGUGCUGAUCAUUUCUUCCUAUCACCCGCGGGUAUUGAUUAUUCAUCCGACCGGAAUGUUCUUGAACUGAAGAAAAAUUCUGUGCAGAUUUCUGUUUUCCCUGUUAUCUCCGGUAACUUUAUCCCGCAUAAGGACAUCACUUUACCUCCACUAAACCCAUCCGCUAGCGUCAUCUCCGCCGCACCGGAGAAUGCAUCAACGAUGUCGUUUCUUGGUUACUUAAAAUGGGAUGGAGAAACUGAGUCAAAUUUCGCGGAAGAAUUGAAGAAAGAUGCUGAUUUCUUGGUUGAUAUAGAAAGAGAUUCUUUAGAUCAGGUGGGGAAUAUCAAAACCAGUAAAUUCUGCUUGCUUUUUUACGGCGGCGACGUGGCAUGGAUGGUGGAGGCGAUGGCUCUCGGUUGCGUGCCGGUGGUGAUCGUAGACCGUCCGAUUCAGGACUUGCCAUUGAUGGAUGUUUUGAGGUGGUCCGAUUUGAGUUUGCUGUUGUCCACACGCGGCGGCGCUAAGCGGCUGAAGGAAGUGUUGAAUAGUGUGAGCGAGGAAAAGUACGGCGGUAUGAAAAGAAUGGCCUCAGCAGCUAGUGAGCAUUUGGUGUGGAAUGAGGAGCCUCAGCCGUUGGAUGCGUUUCAUAUGGUGAUUUAUCAGCUGUGGCUUAGAAGGCAUACGAUUAGAUACGCCCGGAGGGAGUCAGUUUAG